GCGCCUCACCCGCCGCUGGGACCGGCCACCACCACUACUCCGUCUUCUGCGUCCAUGACCGGCGGUCGGCCGCAGCCACGCGCCCGCACGCGGGUCCCCAAGCCCCGCGCCCUCCGCCCCACCGCCCCCUGACCGCAACCCCGUGAACUCAGGUGUCGGGGUAGGUGAGGUGAGCCUCCUGCCCCACCCCUGCAUGUGGCCGCACCUCCCGCACCUCCCCACACCUCCCUCCACAUGUCGUGCAGCCAGACCUCGGCGCCGCUUGCGUCGCCCUUACCAGCCCCUGCGGCAGGCUUGUGCCCGCCCGAGCCUGGGGGCGUGGGCGUGACCCCCCCAGCAGCACCCCCGCCAGCCGCAGCCACCGAGGUGCGGCUGGCGGGGGGCGGCCGCAUCGCCACCCGCCUGGCCCCAGCACCCUCGCCACCGCACCUCGCCAGAGAUGAUGGCUACUUCUCCUCUGACUCCACCCCCAAGGCCUCAGGCGAGCGGCGGGUGGCAGGAGUGCUGCCUCACCCGCGGGGCCCACCGGUCGACGCCUCCCCACUUGCUGGGGACGCCAACUUCGCCAAACCUGCCCCCGACGCCGAUGGCGCAGUGGGUGGGGAGAGCGUGCCUGUGGCUGCUGUGGCUCCCCGCACCCCUACUGCCGCAGCCCCCGCCGCCACGGGCCCCGCACCCCGACCUGCCCGCCCAGAUGUGGCCGACGACGGCAGGGAGUCCUGGGCCAAGUCUAUGGACUUCCUCCUCUCCAUCAUCGGCUUCGCUGUGGACCUGGCCAACGUGUGGCGCUUCCCGUUCCUCUGUUACCGUAAUGGAGGAGGCGCCUUCCUUCUCCCCUACUUCCUCAUCACCAUGUUUGGGGCCCUCCCGCUCUUCUUCAUGGAACUGGUGCUGGGCCAGUACAACCGCCAGGGGCCCAUCACCGUCUGGAAAGUCUGUCCUCUUUUCAGAGGCGUUGGGUACUGUGCGGUGCUGGUCGCCUACUUCGUCAGCUUCUACUACAACGUGAUCAUCGCCUGGUCGAUCUACUUCGUGUACGCCUCCUUCAGCUACGAGUUGCCGUGGACCUCGUGCAACCAUACCUGGAACACGGACAACUGCUGGGACGGCCUCACCUCCGAGGAGCCCAGACCUAACUCCUCCAGCCUCAUGUCGCCCUCCGAGGAGUACUUCAAGGGGUCCACAAGAGAGAACCUCUCGCUCUUCAAGGGCGUCAAGUCCUCGGGCAAGGUGGUGUGGGUUACGGCGACGAUGCCCUACGUCAUCCUUACCCUCCUGCUGAUCCGCGGGGCGCUGCUCCCGGGGGCUGCUGACGGCCUCCUCUACUACAUCAAGCCUUCCAUCUCCGCCCUCUACAACCCCCAGGUGUGGUACGAGGCGGCCGUGCAGGUCUUCUUCUCCGUGGGUGCGGGGUUCGGCGUGCACCUCUCCUACGCCUCCUAUAACAACUUCAACAACAACUGCUACCGAGACUGCCUCAUCACCAGCCUGGUGAACGCCUUCACCAGCUUCUACUCGGGUCUGGUAAUCUUCACCUACCUGGGCUACAUGGCCUUCAAGCAGAAGACGCACAUCAGCACCGUCGCCACUGACGGUCCCGGGCUGGUGUUCCAGGUGUACCCAGAAGCGGUAGCCACCCUGCCCGGCUCCCAGUUCUGGUCCUGCCUCUUCUUCCUCAUGCUCAUCGCUCUCGGCCUCGACUCCGGCAUGGGAGGGCUGGAGUGUGUCAUCACCGGGAUGCUGGACGAGCUGCGACGCACCUUCGGCAGGAAAACUAUCAGGAGGGAGAUCUUCACCGCCAUCGUGGUCUCCUCCUCCUUCCUCGUCUCCAUCGCCAACUUCUGCCAGGGCGGGAUGUACGUGUUCCACUGGCUGGACACCUACGCCGCCGGCAUCUCCCUCCUCUGUUCAGCGCUCUUCGAGGCCAUCGCCAUCUCCUGGUUCUAUGGGCUGCGGCGGUUCUGUGCCGACAUACAACACAUGCUGGGGUUCGUGCCCCGCUGGUACUGGCGCGUGUGCUGGAAGUUCGUCUCGCCACUCUUCAUCCUCAUCACGAUCCUGAUCGGACUCCAGAGUCAGAUCACAGGUCAGCUGGAGUACAACGGCCCGACACACUACCAGUAUCCUAGCUGGGCCGAGGCUGUGGGCUGGAUCAUCACCUCCUCGCCCAUGCUGAUGAUACCUCUGUGGAUGGUCAUUACCGUCUACCGCCAGCCUGGCUCCCUCAGACAGAAACUGCUUCUGAGCAUCACGCCUGAAGGAGAGCAUCAGAAAGUGCUCCAGACAGACGACACCCCACACCUGGACUGGAGUCACUGGUGCCAGCUGUGAACUGGCCACACCUGGACUGGAGUCACUGGUGCCAGCUGUGAAUUGGCCACACCUGGACUGGAGUCACUGGUGCCAGCUGUGGAACAACGCUGCCUAUUACCUCUCCCAUAGCUGAGGAAGCAACGUACCGCGUCCUCGCUGCUUCCCAUAGACCCUAUUUAUAAAGGCAGUGACUACCUCUUAUAGCACUAACGUGUAGGGAAGCUUGUUUAUUAACCUGACAGUUGUUCCAACGAAAUGUAUCAAAGUGUAUGAUACUAGUUACAAAUUUUAAGGUGUUCGUAUUACAGUGAACGUAGUGAUUGUGGGUUACACAAUGCCAAACAGUCUUCUUAAACACAAACUGUAAUUAAUACAAUUUGAAAGCUGAAUGUACGUAUAAAAUACGGGUCGAUGUUAGUGUUUGCUUUGUAAUGCAUCGUGUGCAAUUUUUUAAUUCAUAAGGAACUUUAAUUCCUGAAUUUUGGUAAUAUUUAUUUCUCUCUGAGAAAUUACUUAAUAUGUAUCCGCAACCGACUCCGGCACCAACAGGUGCGUGGGUGUGACCUCACACACAAGUUCAAGUUUAUGUAUGUUUAUUGAGACAAGAAAAAAAUACAUCUCAAAGCUAUAGAGUAGCUUAGGCUAUUUCUACUGCCAUCUGGGCUGUGAGGGUGUAUCCCACGCCCCAGCACUGGUGAUGGUAUCCACCACCACCAGCCACGUCGAGGGCACUCACACCACUGAUGAACAAUUGGAAAGAUAUUACCUUAUCUCGAUGACUUUAACGGGUAUCUGAACAUAUUAGAAGCGUGUCACCAGGUUUGACGCGAGGCUUCCUACACCUCUGGAAAGAAAGGUGCCUGAUCUUUGCCAGUAAGACGGUGGGUGCCAUUUCGAGAAGAGAUUAAAGACGACCCAUUUUGCAGUAUUACGUGGCUGAGUGACAUUGUUCACAUUAAUAAUAUUGUGGACAUCCCACUUGUAUCCAGGAUAUAAAGAGUAGCCAAUGAACAUUUACACAUUGUGCUUGCCCAUCCACUCUUAAAAAAAAAGAUGUCUCAUUUCCAUCAACAAUAAAGGUGUCUUCAUUUCUGCCAGUUAAGGGCUUCCUUAUUUAUAUAAGUAGAAAGAUAAGUGUCAUAACUACAACAUAUAGGAGGUUAUGCAACUCAUAACAAAAUGGGUACCCAGUCUGCGUCAGUCAUAAGAUUGGGUGCCCAGUCUGCGUCAGUCAUAAGAUUGGGUGCCCAGUCUGCGUCAGUCAUAAGAUUGGGUGCCCAGUCUGCGUCAGUCAUAAGAUUGGGUGCCCAGUCUGCGUCAGUCAUAAGAUUGGGUGCCCAAUCUGCGUCAUUCAUAAGAUUGAGUGCCCAGUCUGUGUCAGUCAUAAGACUGAGUGCCCAGUCUGCGUCAGUCAUAAGAUUGGGUGCCCAGUCUGCGUCAGUCAUAAGAUUGGGUGCCCAGUCUGCGUCAGUCAUAAGAUUGGGUGCCCAGUCUGCGUCAGUCAUAAGAUUGGGUGCCCAGUCUGCGUCAGUCAUAAGAUUGGGUGCCCAGUCUGCGUCAGUCAUAAGAUUGGGUGCCCAGUCUGCGUCAGUCAUAAGAUUGGGUGCCCAGUCUGCGUCAGUCAUAAGAUUGGGUGCCCAGUCUGCGUCAGUCAUAAGAUUGGGUGCCCAUUCGUCCCCAUGAGAGCAGGUGCCGUAUUUGGAAGAGCAAUGUGACUGAGGCGAGCGCUCUAAUACAGUGUUACCGUCCCGUGUCCUCUGCCCAUUGAGCUCCAGAGCUCUACUGUGAAUCACGCUCCACUGACGUGUCACUCGCUGGAGAAGUUCAUUCUCAAGGUGAGUGUCCUCGCUGGUCCUCGCCAAACAUAACAGUCUACCUUUGGGUUUCUCGCCGUCUGCUGUGAACAACACAAACCUCGCUGAUAUGAUGGAUCACACCAAGUUAAUAUUAUUAUAACUAUUGAGAAACUUACUACAAUACCGUAGAGUUUAAAUAAAGGAGAAGAAAACGGCCCAAUACUUGUGUAAGUGUAUUAUGAAACCAAAUUUUGUUGAUGAACCUAUACGUCAUUUAUCAAGGUGCUAUAAACUUUGUUCGCCACCUUGAUAAAGGUUGUAGGUUCAUCCCAAAAUAUGGUUUAAUAAUACACUUUCACAUAUGUAUUGGGUCUUUUCUUCACCUUCACUAUAACUAUUAUUAAUAUCAUUAUAAGUUUUAUUAUUUUUAUAUUAUUAAAAAUUGUUAUUAACAGUUACAUAUAUGAAAUAAUAUCCCACUACUUAGAAAAGUCACAUGAAACGUAGUCAAUUUUUGGACCUCAGGCUUCGGACCACAACUUCUGCUCUACAUUUUUUGUGUUUUCAAAAUUGUGGGUUAUUAUUUCAUUGAUUAUUACGCUAUUUCACUUUACUCUCAUGUACAUAUAUGUAUAUAUAUGGAAGUUUUAGUGUUUAGACAUUCUUAUUUAAGUGUUUUUAAUGUUUAAAGUGGACAAAGCCGGUUUACUUAUAUUUGUGUGGUACGCUUUGAUCCGGUUAGAACUACCGGGAUAAAACUGCCUGGACAAAAUCUCCCUCUGGGGACAAAACUACUGGGACGAGAAUCUGCAAUGACAAAACUCCUCAGGGACAGUGCAGUCAAAACAAAUCAUAGCAUUACUAAGCUGCUUCUAGACACAAAAUGUUAGGGCUAACUCAUACAAGGAGGGAUAGACUACAAGAACACAAUAUAUCCUAUAUUCAGAUAACUCUAAGAGUGCAAUUCUCCAUUGGAACUAAAUCAAUUUAAAGCAGCUAAGAUAGUUCUGUGAUAGAACACAAAGACAAAGCUAUAUUAAACAGGAGCUGUCUCGUAUGGGCCUAAAGACCAUCUGAAGUUUCAUAAAUUCUUACGUUCUUCAAUGUCCCAAGGAAAUAUAUGUUUGUAAAAUACAACAGGGCAAAAGUCUACCAAUACAAAAUUUCAUUAGGAGUUGCAUCAAGAUGAGACUCCACUCUGGAAAAACUGUAUAGAGCAGAACGCCAUAUGACCGAAUUUUACCGCGAUAAAACACACCAAAAUAAUCUACAUCGCAAUAAAAUUACAUUCAAACUAAACACUAGGUCACAAUAAAACUCAACUGUUAAAUGACAAAACUCGCCCAGGACAAUACUGAACCAGGUAAAAUUGUCAAGAACAGCUGGAAAACCUAGGAAUACUAUAUUCAGCGAUGUCGUCAAGCUGACAUAGGCUUAUUCCUUGUGGAAGAAGUUGUCAUUACUCACUAAACGGGUAAACUCACCUCAAAUCCCUUUCAUAUUAGUGUGUGUCGAGUUUAAGAACAGUCGGAUUUUGUCUAACUUUGUUUCCUGUUUAAUGUAAUCAAUCAAGCGGAAAGCCAAGCUGAUUAAUAAUAUCUUAAUUUUAUUGAAACAUUUGAUUUCGUGCAAGAUCAUAUAUUUAAGCCGCAAGUAGUGUGCUAUACACGGAAUAUACUUAAUGGAUCUUCAAAGGUUGCAGAAAACUAACCAAAGACCCUUAAAAACUAUGGACAAAAAGUUAUUUAACACACAUGGAUUUCCGGUAAUGGCGUACCGGAACAUUGUAAAUUAUCUAGUGCGAAUUACUGAUAAUUAGUGCCAAUUUCGUUGUACAUUGAAAAUAUGUGCAAUACACCCGAAAGCUUAGAAAAUCUUGUUUCUGUUCUCCUGUUAGUUUACAAUCUUUCUACAAUCUCAACGAUUACUAGGACCUUUUACAACAGUGUGCAUUCUGUCAAUUUUAUUUAUAUAUAGCUAAAUUAUAAAUGUCAAGAGUAUAAUCGACCAUGACGCCUUGAGGGACAAGAUACUUCAUAACCGGACUUCAUAAGUGCUCACACCUAUGUGAAAGCCUGACCCUUCUAGUGAUUCAGACCCUUCUAGUGGCUCAGUUAUAGGUUCUGCAAGACAUUGUCAACUUGAACCCCAUUAUUUUUAUACGUAUUCUAAUUAGUGAGCAAAGUGCUGUAAAAAUACUUUCGUCUUUAGAGUUUUUAAACUUUAUUUCACUUAUACAAUAGCCUGACAAUAUCAAAAGAACAGAUAUAGAUAUAUAGAUGCUUACACUCUGGUUCUGAUAUACGUAGUUUUUCCCAUAUGUAGACUUUUUUUAUUAUUAAGACUUCUUGGUGAUGUAGACGAGGGAGAGGAUGGGUGGGGUUGCCUGGGAGGAGAUGUGCUCAGUAAUUGUGAACGGGACACUAGGCUUCUCACUCGUUCACAAAUGGCGGGCAUAACUCAGCCAGCAACUCGGUUCCCACCAACCACAAUGUAAACGUAACUGUACAAUAUAUAUCAGUAUUUUUU